AUGGCGACCCGCAAGCGCGCCACGUCGAUCGGCCAGGACGCGCUCAACGCGCUCGACAAGGCCUCGCAGCCGGUCGGCACCACGGCCACGGCCCACAACAGCUCGCUCGCGGCCAAGGGCAACAAGGGCCGAGCAGCCUCCGCACCGCCGCCCCAGGCCUGGACGCAGGCGACCGGCCCGCUCGCGUGGCUCGUCAAGCCCAAGGUGACGCUCCCGCUCAUCGCCGCGACCGUCGGGGCGUGGGCCGUCCUCGAGCAGCAGCACCGCACCGCGACCACCUCGACCGACUCGAACCCGCUGUCGCCCCUCGUGCGCAUCUCGUACGCCCUGCCGCCCAUCCCGGGCGAUGCCUCGUCGGUCCGGUACGGCAAGGGCCCAAAGGACCUCGUCUUCCUCGCCUUCUACAUCGUCGUCUUCAGCUUUGUCCGCCAGGCCCUCACCGAGUACUUCCUGCGCCCGCUCGCCAAGGCGCUCGGCCUCAAGACCGAGGGCAAGAUCCUGCGCUUCAUGGAGCAGGCCUACGCCGUCGUCUACUUCUCGUGGUCCGGCGCGUUCGGCCUCUACGUCAUGAGCCGCCAGCAGUCGUGGUGGUACAACACGGAGCACUUCUGGCUCGGCUACCCGCACUGGCGCAUGGACGGCCCGCUCAAGACGUACUACCUCCUCCAGUUCUCGUACUGGCUCCAGCAGAUGAUCAUCCUCGUCAUGCGCCUCGAGAAGCCUCGUGUCGACUUCCGCGAGCUCGUCAUCCACCACAUCGUCACCCUUUGGCUCGUCGGCUGGUCCUACAUGAUCAACUUGACGAUGAUCGGCACGGCCAUCUUCGUCUCGAUGGACUUGCCCGACAUCUGCCUCGCGCUGUCCAAGUGCCUCAACUACCUCGACCUGCAGCGCACGUCCGAGGCGUCGUUCGUCUUCUUCCUCGUCAUCUGGACCUACAUGCGCCACUACCUCAACCUGCGCAUCCUGUGGAGCGUCUGGACCGAGUUUGAUCUGAUCCCCGAGCGGUACCGCUCGUGGACGACUGAGGGCAACGCGUGGUGGCUCUGGGAGGGCCUCGGCUCGGGCGCCGUUCCCAAGUGGAUGCGGCUCCAGAUCUUUGCGCCCAUCCUCGCGCUGCAGCUCGUCAACGCCUUCUGGACCUACCUCAUCCUGCGCAUCCUCGUGCGCAUCCUCAGCGGCAAGAACGCGCGCGACGUGCGUGAGGAGGACGAGGACGAGCAGGACGCGCGCGAGCUCGCCGAGCUCGAGGCCAGGGAGAAGGAGAAGAGGGCCAAGGGCGGCAAGGCGCAGUGAGGGCAAGCCUGCGAGCGGGCUAUCUUUCUCUCGUUAUCGGGACCGGGGAGGGUAGAGGAGGGCGCUCGACGGUGCGCGAGGGACGAGGCUGUGCCAGAUCGUACAAUACAUCGCCCGAGAGGGGCCUAAUACUACAUCCUCGAGCGGGUGCGCGAGAGGGGAGGAGAGGGAUGGGGGGUAUCUACACCGACACCGAGCACAGAGAGAAAAGGAACGGAGGAAGACAGAGGGAAAGGGGCCACGUCGAGCUGCUCAGGGCCGCCCGAGGCGCGACAAGGACGUCGAGUCCUCGCUCUGCUCCUGCUCCUCGAUCGCGUCCGCCUGCCCACCGCUCGCAAGACGCUCUUUUUGCUGCUCUCCUGCAUCUCGCCGGCGAUGAUGAGCUCGUCGAGGAU